AUGGCUCAACAACAAUCCUUCGAUUACAAUCAAGUACCUCAGAUGCCACAAUCAAUGAGCCCGCCCGAGCUCUCCCCCCUCUCCUUCUACGACAACCAGGCCGAUUUUAGCGCCGACUCUGCCCCGUCCCGUGGCUCGCCCGUGUCCCCCGUCUUCCCCGCCUCUUCUUUCCAGCUCCCCUCCGGCGGUGACUGGCCCGUCUACUUCGAGAAGCCUGCUCUCUCCCCAGAUCUCGACGUCUUCUACGGCGAGGCCUUUGGCAGCCCAAUGUCUUUCCUCUCCUCCCAGAACAUCACCCUCAGCCCACCGCCAACCCCGCCGACCUCAUGUCCGACGCCGUCGCUUUUGGCCGCGAGGGCAUCAACGACACCCAGCCCCUCUUCCAGUCCCUCGACGCGCCCGCCCGCCCCCAACCCCAACCUCAACAACAGCAGAUCAAGUCCCCGCGUCCCGACCUCCCCGCGCAACAACGACCUCAAGCGCAAAUCCUCCGCCUCCUCCGCCUCCUCCCGCUCCGCGUCCCCCGAGCCCCCCGCCCGCCGAACAAAGCACGCGGAGCCCUCCAAGAACCCGCACAACAUGAUCGAGAAGCGGUACCGCGUAAACAUCAACGAGAAGAUUAUCGCCCUCCGCGACGCCGUCCCCUCGCUGCGAUGCGUCGUCCAGCAGACGGAGAACCCACAGGCCACCGCCGCCGCCGCCGAGAGCGACGAGCCGUUCGACGUCGUUGAGGAGCUCGGCGGCCUGAUGCCCGCGCGCAAGCUCAACAAGGCCACGAUCCUGAGCAAGGCGACCGAGUACAUUACGCACCUGGAAAAGAAGAAUGGGCAACUGUGGAAGGAGAACCAGGAGCUCGAGAAGAGGCUCGCCGAGGCGCAGCGGUGGCAGAGGGCGCAGACUGAGGCGGGGCCUUUCUGGGCGUGA